UAAUCAUGCUCCUCCAUCAACUCCUUAAUAAUUAUCAAAUCUAAUCUCAUAAAAACACAAAAAGAACAUUGAUCUCUCUCAAAACUCAGUGUUCUCUCUUUCAAAAGAUGGCAAGAAAUCCAUUAUUGAUCAUCUUGGCUUUAGCCAGCCUUUGCAUAAGCCUAGUAGCAGCAGAUUGGAACAUUUUGAACCAAAAUAGAAGAAGUGGGGUCAAAUCGGUAUCAUCGAACAACUUGAAGGCUUAUUGUGAAAGUUGGAGGAUCAAUGUUGAGCUAAACAACAUUAGAGAUUUCAAAGUGGUGCCUGAAGAAUGUGUUAGUUACAUAAAACAUUAUAUGACUUCUUGUCAGUAUGAAACUGACUCUCAUAGAGCCAUUGAAGAGGUUAGGCUUUAUCUUAGCAGCUGCUGCCAUUUGAAAGAUGAUGGUAAAGAUGCUUGGAUUUUUGAUGUUGAUGAUACUCUUUUGUCUACUAUUCCUUACUACAAGAAGCAUGGUUUUGGGGGAGAGAGGUUGAACAGAAGCUCAUUGGAAGAAUGGAUGCAAGAGAGCAAGGCUCCAGCUCUUGAGAACAGUCUGAAUAUAUUUCAUGAAAUCAAAGACAAAGGUAUCAAAAUAUUUCUCAUCUCCUCAAGGUCUGAACCCCUCAGAUCUCCCACUGUUGAUAACCUCAUUGAUGCUGGCUACCAUGGCUGGUCUUCUCUCAUCUUAAGGGGCAAUGAAGAUGAUUUAAUAAAUGUGGAAGACUACAAAUCAAAGGCAAGAAAAAGAAUGGUGGAGGAAGGGUAUCGCAUAUGGGGAAUAAUAGGAGACCAAUGGAGCAGUCUUAAAGGUCUUCCUAAUGCAAAAAGAACCUUCAAGUUGCCAAAUUCCAUUUACUAUUCUUAAUUAUCCACUCACACUUGGCUUUGCCUUUGGCUUGUUUGUGUUUUCUUUAUUUCUCCUUUGUUUUUGAUUGAUCAAAUGUGUUUUUCUGCAUACAAAAUAAGUAUGUUCAACAUUUCUUGUGGCUUCUGUAAUUUAUAAAAUGUUUUUACUUCUGUUUUUCUUUUA